CUGACUCGUUUGCUGAGAGGCUAGUCGCGUUUGCGUGCGUUGAGGGCAUCCUUUUUGGCAGCUCCUUCUGCGCCAUCUACUGGCUGAAGAGCAAGAACCUGCUGCCGGGGCUGACAUUUUCCAACGAGCUCAUCGCCAAGGACGAGGCGCUCCAUACGGACUUUGCCUGCCACCUGUACCGCGACCUGCUGGUGGGGAAGCUGUCGUCCGAGAGGGUCCUGGAGAUCGUGAAGGGGGCUGUGGAGAUAGAGAAGGAAUUCGCUUGCGACGCACUCCCUGUUUCCCUCAUUGGGAUGAACCAGAAGUUAAUGUCCACAUACAUCGAGUGCGUGGCGGACCGCUUGCUCCAUAGCCUCGGUUACGAGACCCACAACGGCAGCAAGAACCCUUUCGGGUUUAUGGAACUAAUCUCCCUGACGUCCAAGAAUAACAUGUUCGAGUCGCACGUGAGCUCUUAUCAAAAGGCUGGUGUGAUCGAGACGCUGAACAAGGGGAAGAAGGGAGGCCUGACGUACGGCGAUUUCGUAGAGGACGACUUUUGA